AUGGUCUUUGGCGGUAUACCAAAGCCCGCUGCCGUUUGCGGUUUGUACUACACACAUCCGUACCAGCAUUCGAAACAAGGCUUAUUCUCCAAUGUCGUGGAUGAGCGGGUGUAUCUCCCCCAGGUUCAGCUGGAGGCGCACGCCACCAUUCUCCAGACGACGUCCCGUGUCACACUGACUCAGACCUUCAUCAAUCCCUCACCGGCGAAAGCCAUCCGUGAGGUCAAGUAUGUCUUUCCGCUGUACGAAGGUGUCAGUGCGGUGGGAUUCACCUGCCAUGUUGCCGACCGUACUAUCGUCGGUGAGGUCAAGGAGAAGAAUGAGGCAAAGCAGGACUAUACUGCAGCUGUUGAGCGAGGAGAAACCGCCGGUCUCUUUGAGCAGCUGGACGCAGCAGACACGUUCAUGACCUCCAUCGGCAACGUGCCACCUGGAGUACGAGUCGUCAUUGAACUCACCUAUCUUGGAGAGCUGAAGCAUGACAUGGAGGUAGACGGUAUUCGGUUCACUAUCCCAAACAUCAUCACACCUCGCUAUGGCAGGAUAGCACCAGGAUCCGACGCCGCUCUGGCCCAACUUCAUGGAUACGGCCCCUCUCGCGGAGGUCCAUCAGGCAGCAUCUCAGUCACCGUCGAUGCGGAGAUGGCAGAGGGCUCAUUCAUUCAGAAAGUACUCUCCCCCAGCCAUCCCAUCUCAGUCUCGAUGGGAACCACAUCUAUUGCACCGAACGAUGACCCCAAGAUGUCCAAAGCAUACGCAACUCUCGGCAUACAAAGCACGCAUCUCGACACGGAUUUCAUCCUCCAGAUUGUCGCGAAAGAUACCGGCAUCCCGAAGGCUAUCCUCGAAACCCACCCCACAAUUCCCAACCAGCGAGCCUUGAUGGCCACUUUAGUCCCAAAGUUCGCCCUUCCGCGAGAAAAUCCGGAGAUUGUGUUCAUUUGCGACCGCUCCGGAUCCAUGAGGGGUACCAGGAUUGAGCUGGCCAAACAAGCUCUCCAGAUCUUCCUCAAGUCGCUGCCUGUGGGCGCCAUGUUCAACAUUUGCUCGUUCGGCUCGACCUAUUCAUUCCUAUGGCCACGAAGUGUAGCCUAUAGCCAGCAGACGCUGGAUGAAGCUGUCGAACACGUGACUACUCUUGAGGCCAACUACGGCGGGACGGUAAUGCUGGAGCCGCUCAAAGCGACGAUACAGCAACGCUAUAGGGACGUUCCGCUAGAGGUUAUGGUGCUCACUGAUGGAGCCAUCCAGAACCAGGAUGCUCUGUUCGGGUACCUCAACGAACAGGUUCAGGACACUAAUGCGCCGAUCCGGGUGUACAGUCUAGGCGUCGGAACGGGGGUGUCGCACGCACUAAUUGAAGGCAUCGCAAGAGCAGGGAACGGGUUCUCGCAGACUGUUGGGGAGGGCGAGAAGAUGGACAGUAAGGUUGUGAGGAUGCUCAAGGGAGCUUUGUCUCCGCAUGUCAAUGACUACACGCUUGAGGUGAAGUAUGCUGGUAGUAUGGAGAGUCUCGAGGAAGACGAUGACUUUGAGAUUGUGGAGCGUGUCGCAGAUAGCCUAACGGUCAAGCUCGAUUUGAACGAAAAAGAGGAUCCACCUAAAGUUGUAAGUCAACACCUCAACGAACCCCACCUUCCAUACCUAACGAACUUUCUACAGACUAAACCAAUCUCACUAUUCGACCCUUCCGCCGAUCCCGACAAAGCCGAAUCAUCUGCCUCGCGCUUCGCACACCUUCCAGAUGUCCCAACUCCCAAGAUCAUCCAAUCGCCUCAAAGGAUCCCUCCCCUCUUCGCCUUCAACAGAACAACCGUCUACCUCCUCCUCGGUCCAGACGCCCCACGCCAGACACCCCAUUCCGUCAUCCUUCGCGGGACCAGCGCCCACGGACCCCUAGAGCUCGAAUUCCCCGUACAAGUUCUAGAGAAGACUGGAACGACGAUCCACCAGCUCGCCGCCAAGAAAGCCACGUACGAGCUCGAACAAGGAAGAGGCUGGCUCUCAGAGGCCAAGGACGAAUCCAAGACGUUGCUAAAGGAGCGCUACGAGGGCAGGUUCAGCAGCAUGGUGGAGCGCGAGGCUGUGAGGUUAGGUGUGCAGUUCCAGGUCAGUGGGAAGUGGUGCUCGUUUGUAGCUGUAGAGAAAGAGAAAGAGACAGAUAGGAAGAACGAGGAUGAAAAGAUGCAGGGAGAAUGGGAGUAUCUCGAAGACGAGACCGCUUCAGAACCUCCUGCAAGGAGCGGUGGACUGCAUGGGCCCCCGGGCAACAACUCGCCUUUCGGAAGUUCUACGAACGAGGCUGUACAAGGCGCGUCAGUAAUUCUCUUUGGUACGGGUAGGACUUCGGAUUCUUCUAUCCCGGUACCCCAAGGCAUGGGUCACAGGCCCGGUAAUGCGAGUACACGUAGGGGACCCUUUGGGUCCCCAAUGGGAUCAUUCAUGUCCAGAUCUCCUUCCAGAGCUCUGCCUCCGGGUGGGCCUCCGAGGAACAGCUUGUUUGGUUCAAGCCCGAAUACGUCUGCUUCUGCUUUUGGCUCAAAUGCCGAUGCGUCAUCUAAACUCUUUGACCCUUCCUCCACGAAGCUUGCGGUCGGUAGUCUUUCUAGCCCCGGUAACCAAGCCCGUUCUCGCGGGUUCGGUCAGAACUCCGCAGGCGGUAGCUUGUUUGGACAGGUGCCCCAAACCUCCAGUGAUAGUCUAGCUGGAGGACUGUUUGGACAGCAGAAAGGCAGUGGCUUAUUUGGCGCAGUGUCUAGCUCAUCCAGCAGCAAAGGCGGAGGUCUUUUCGAAGGACUGCAGCAGAGUCAGAAUCAACGUGUAGAUCUUUUCGGGCAGCAGAAUCAUCAACAGCAAAGUGGAGGUCUUUUCGGGCAGCAGCAGGGACCCCUCUUUGACUCACAACAUUCUGGGGGUUCCUUCGGGCAGCAGCAUCAGCAACAGAAUAUGGCGAGGGAACAGCAGAUGGCUCGGCAACAGCAGAUGGCGCGGCAACAGCAGAUGGUGCAGCAACAGCAGAUGGUGCAGCAACAACAAGGAAGCCUAUUCGGCCAAGCGAACGCUGCCAAGCAACCUCUCUCUUCGAUCCAGAAAAACCUUGAUCAACCCCAGGGAAACCACGCACUGCAGGACUAUCAAAUGCAAAUGAUGCUUCUCGAGCAGCAGAACAAGAAACGUCUGCUGAUGGCCAGGAAAGAGGAAGAUGAGAGCCAGACCAAGGCAAACCCAUUUGGUAGCGUUGAUAGGAGCAUUGCUCCUGGAGGUUUCGGUGCGGCCUCGUCAGCUGGACCUUUCGGUAAUACCAACACCAGUGCUCCCUUCGGUGCAAAUACCACCGCUGAACCCUUCGGAGCCCCCUCAGUUGAUGGACCUCCCUCAUUCGAUAACCUCGGCUUGGGAUUCGACGAACCGAUGGCUCUGGAGAACUUUGAUUUCGACUCCUUUCUUAACGUAGGCGACGAAGGGAAUACCUUUGAUGAUACCUGCUCAUUUAGUUUCGCUGACGGGGUUUCCAUUCCACCUCCCGCAAACGCUGCGGUGGAGAAAAGCACCAUCCCACCUCCCAAAACCGACGACGAAACUCUCGCCCUUCUGAUCUCACUCCAAACCUUCGAAGGAGCGUGGCAAUACGGCCCGUCUUUUUUCCUCGCGCUCAAACGUACGGAAGCUACUGUCGAUGAUGCCAGGACUGUCUUCAACGACGUCUCUCUAGCUACAGCCGGGAACCAAGGGGAGAAGGUGGACGUCAGUAAGGCAGAGUGGGCGACUGCGCUGGCGAUCGUGUACUGCGAACAGGAAUUGGCGAGUCUGCAGGGAAGUUGGGAGUUGAUCGUGGAUAAGGCGAAAGGCUGGCUAGGGGAGAGAGUAGGGCAGGACAGGGUGGAGGAACUACUGCGUAGGGUGGAAAGGUUUUACAGAGAAGAGAAUGGUGAUGGGUCGAAGGCGAGGUUUGGGAAGUAA